GUGAAAGGAGCAGAACACCUGGCGCUCACACCUGCGGGGCUGGGACGACAAGCUCGUGAACGCUGUGCGGCUAGUGCUCCCAGCUAGCCAAUAGAGUCUGGCUUCUCUACCGUCGGGGGCGGGACCUCCAAGGCUAGCCAAUGGGGAGCCGUCUUGUGGAGGGUGGGGCCUGCGUUUCAGCCGCGGGAGCAGUGGAAGAGCAGCGAGGACGCUUCUGUCUCUAAACUGCCGGCUGCGUCCAGGGCAACCGUCUGGAUUCCCUGUGGUGGGGCCAGGAAGGACCGCCUGUAGGGGACACAGCGGCUACAAGACGAGGCAGAAUCGCGCGCAGCCAUGACUGAGGCGGCCGCUGCACCGGACUGGCGAAUGGGGGCUGACCUCCAACAACAGGCCCAGAUCCAGUCGGCAGAGAUCUCCCUUUUAGCUAUCCUAACUGCUGUUCAGGCAGUGGAAAAGAAAACAGAGUCCCAGGAUGUCCACCUUCAAAACUUGGAAUUACGAACCGGGUCCACUGAGAAGAAGCUGGCCGACUUCGAGAAGACAGCCAUGGAGCUCAGCAGCCAGCUGGAGGGCAAGUGGGCCGUGCUGGGGACCCUGCUGCAGGAAUACGGGCUGCUACAGCGGCGGCUGGAGAACUUGGAGAAUCAGAUGCAAAACCGGAACCCCUGGGUCCUGAGGCUUCCCCCAGGUAGCAAGGAUGAAGCCCCCAAGGUUUCUGUGACUACUGAAGAGGUGGCUGGGUGUUUCCCUGAGCAACAGGAAGGCAUCCCUGAAGACUGGCAGAAGGAACUCUGCAAGCACGUAGCAAAGGAAAGGCGUGAGGUGCUGGAUUCUCUAGAAACAGGCCAGCUGGAAUCUGCCCCGAGUGUUCUUCCCUGGAUCAAGCAAGAGGAAGAGGUGUGUGAGAAGAGCCUGCAGGAGACAACCAGUGCAUCCCUAUGCUCAGAAACAUGGCUGACUAACAAGAAAAAGACCCUGGAGGGGAUAUCCAUGGCAGCAGAGCCAUCCUGGGCAACUGAAGGGGGAACCGGCAAGGAGGAUUUGGAGCAGGGAACCUGUGGCGAUCUGCUCCCUGUUUGCAGAGAGAGGGAGACAGCCUCCCUCCCUCGAGGCUCUCACAGUCAGCCUGUGCCAGCUGCUGAGGGCACUGAGAAUGGCCAGAACUUGAGUGUCAAAGAGCUCAGCACGCAGCAUGAGUACUCACACCAUGGCCCUCAGCCCUUUGCUAGUCUCCAGUGUCCCCAGAGUGCUACACAGCAGGUCACUCUGACCAGGAAUCGCCGUGCACCCACAGCCCAGCGUGCCUACACCUGUGUCCAGUGUGGCAAGAGCUUUGUCCACCAGUCAACACUUACCACACACUACCGUACACACACCGGGGAAAAGCCUUACAAAUGUGCCGAGUGUGAGAAGCGGUUUGGCCGCCUGUCCACACUGCUGGAGCAUCAGCGUACCCACACUGGAGAGCGGCCCUUCCCCUGUGCACAGUGUGGCCGUCGUUUUGGGCGCCUGUCUACUCUGGUGGAACAUAGGCGCACACACACGGGCGAGAAGCCAUUUCCAUGUACCCAGUGUGACAAACGUUUCACACGCCUGGCCAACUUGACAGUGCACCAGAGUGUGCACUCUGGCGAGCAUGCUUUCCAGUGUACCCAGUGUGGCUCAUGCUUCACGCACAAGCCCAGUUUCUUGCGACACCUGCGCAGCCACUCUCAGGAGAAGCGCUUUACCUGUGGCCAAUGUGGCAAGAGCUUCACCUGUCGCUCCUGGCUAGUACGCCACCAGAGCAGUCACGCACACUCGGCAUCCUCUGCUUAUGUGGCUUGUGAGAGGAGCUCACCAAGUCAUGUGUCACCUACAGGUCUCUUUAAAGGUGCAGCCAGGGGAAAGUUCUCCAGUGACCCUUCUGUCUCACCCAUAUCCAAGGACACCGUGGUCAGUCAGGACCACAAGGCAUAUGGCAGAAGUCAGCAGCUCAGCGACCAUGGUCAGGAAAGUCUAGUGGGGUCUCUGCAUAGUUGUCUAUCUGUAAAGAUGGAGAAUGCAGGGUAGCACCCAGAGAGCUCCAUACGAGGCCAGUAGGACACAGGGCUUCUGGGUCCCCUUGAAUCCAAGCUGCUUCUCCUGGGUCAGAUGUGUGGUGCCUGCCAUCUGCUAGGCUUCCCAGGGCUAGGUUCUCUCCCAUGGACUGCAGGUGCCAAGUGCUCCUGGGACUCUUCAGGCACACAGAAAAUGUUGCGGAAACAAGCAGCUAGACAGUCCCCUGAGAUCUUGGUGGCUCCGAUCAUCAUCUUAGCAAUUUAGGCAGCAACAAAAGGCCGGUUAGGAAUGUUACAAUUUUUUUUUUCUUGUUUUUCAAGACAGGGGUUUUCUGUAUAGCCCUGGCUGUCCUGGAACUCACUCUGUAGACCAGGCUGGCCUCGAACUCAGAAAUCCACCUGCCUCUGCCUCCCAAGUGCUGGGAUUAAAGGCAUGCGCCAUCACUGCCCAGUGGAAUGUUGCAAUUUUGAAGAGUUGAGUUGCUCAACAACUGAAGCUGAACAACUCAGAACUCAAAACUAGUUUCCAGGAUUUCCCUAGGACAGAGCUGGGGAUGUGAAUCAAUAUAGUGUUCAUUGAGCGUGCAUGGCUGGAGCCACAAUUAGAUCCCCAGCAUCAAAUUAAAUGGGCCAUGAUGGUAUAUGUCUGUAAUCCUUGUAUUUGUGUAGAGUCAGGAAGAACAGAAGUUCAAAGUCAUGCUUGGCUACAUGAGACCCUGUUUCAAAAAAUCAAAAAGUAUCCUUAGGAGUUCAAAGUCUGAGUUGUCAGAUUAUCUCUCACCAGUUGCCACAUACUUAUAUAACAGCUUGUGUGUUUCCAAGGACUCCCAUUGGAGGGGCUGGGGCUACUAAGUGUCAUUGUCCCCACUUUGGAGGAAUGUAGGAAAACAGGCCUGUGCUGCUUGCAUCUGGGGCUGGGUUUUACCGAAGGUCUGACUUCCUGUUUUGUUUUUUGAGACAGGGUUUCUCUGUAGUGUUGGCUGUCCUGGAACUUGCUCUGUUGACUGGUCUUGAGUUCACAGAAAUCCACCUGCCUCUGCGUCCUGAGUGUUGGGAUUAACAGUGUGUGCCACUACCACCUGGCUCCAUAUUCACUUUAAAAACCUGUAAAAAUAAAGGUAUUUAUGAAGUGUAAAGUCCCCUUCUUGCCUUGAUGACCCUACCAAAGUUGGUUUUUGUUGUUGAUACAGUAAUAAUAUUUUGUUCCAGA